AUGAUGAAAAAAAUUCGUAAAUAUUUAAGUCAAGCCGUCACUUCUAAUAGUAACAAUAACAAACAAUUUUCUACCUUAUCGGCAAAAUCGAUGGGCGGGUAUUCAGCCUCACCUGAAUCACCAAGGUCACCACCUCCGCUUAACUCGACAGUAUCAACAAAUAGUUAUCAGCCAACAGUCUCAACACCAACUGAAUCAUCAUCGAAUCGUUCGUAUCUACGUUUAAAUAAAUCUUCUGGUCAAUCUCCAUCGCCGUCACCAUCGAAUCAAUCAGUACAUCGUUCAACAUCAAGAUCUCCGGCUACGCCUACAAGUUCUGAUUCAGUUAAACGUAGUUUCUUUCGUUUUAAUUCAACACCAUUAAGUGGUGGAAGUAAUUCAACGCAUUCGAAUAGUUUUUUUAAUCCUAAUUUAACCAUGGGUCAAACGGGUAGUAAUGUUAAACGAAGUCAAAGCGAUAUACAAACAUUUCUUGAUAAAGAAAAAGAAAAAUUUGUCGAAAAAAUCGAAAAUCCUAUUAAACAAAAUAGCCGUUUAGAAGAUUUCGAUUUAAUACGUACGAUUGGCACCGGUUCAUUUGGUCGAGUAUUAUUGGUUACACACCGCAAUAGUACACAUGAGAAAAUUGCUUUGAAAAUUCUUGAUAAACAAGUUGUUGUUAAAAUGAAACAAAUCGAUCAUACGUUAGCCGAAAAAAAAAUUCUUCAAGCUCUCUCAUGUCCAUUCAUUGUGAAAUUAUUGUAUACAUUUAAAGAUAGUUCUUAUUUAUAUUUGGGACUUGAAUAUGCACCCGGUGGAGAAAUGUUUACACAUUUACGUGCAUUUGGACGUUAUACUGAAGACAUGACACGAUUUUAUGCUGCACAAAUUGUACUUGCCUUUGAAUAUCUUCAUCAUUUAGGCGUUAUAUAUAGAGAUCUUAAACCAGAAAAUUUACUUUUUGCAUCUGAUGGUUAUUUGAAAAUGACUGAUUUUGGUUUUGCGAAACGUGUCAAAGAUCGUACAUGGACAUUGUGUGGUACACCAGAAUAUUUGGCUCCAGAAAUCAUUCUCAGUCGUGGUUAUAAUAAAGGUGUUGAUUAUUGGGCAUUAGGUGUACUUAUGUACGAAAUGAGUGCUGGCUAUCCACCAUUUUUUGCUGAUCAACCAAUACAAAUCUAUGAAAAGAUCGUUUCCGGACGUGUUCGUUUUCCAAAUCAUUUCACUGUCGAUCUUAAAGACCUACUUAAAAACUUACUUCAAGUUGACUUGACACGUCGGUAUGGAAAUCUAAAAUCUGGUGUUCGAGAUAUAAAAGAACACCGGUGGUUUCGAGACAUGGACUUUAUUGCUAUCUAUGAAAAAUCUAUUCCAGCUCCAUUUAUACCACGAACAGAUAGAGAAAAUUAUGAAAUCUACGAAGAACAACCACUAACAGUUAGCUCAACCGAACGUUAUCCGAGAGAAUUUGCUGAUUUCUAG